GGGCUGGAUUAAAGAAAUCCUAGACCUAGACCAUAAGAGACCGCCUCACUAUAAAAGAAUGUGCUCAGAAGAUGCCAAAGAAGAAAUCAACUCGUAAGGAUUGAGCUGCAUCAUGGUCCACAGAGUAGCAGUGAUCGGGGCAGGCCCCUGUGGUCUCACCAGCAUGAAGGCCUGUCUGGAGGAGGGCAUGAUGCCAACCUGUUUUGAAAGCAGCAAUGACAUUGGUGGACUUUGGAGUUUCAAGGAUGUGUCGGAGCCAAACAGGGCCAGCAUCUACCGUUCCCUCACCAUCAACAUCUCCAAGGAGAUGAUGAGCUUCAGCGACUUCCCCGUCCAAGCUGAUUACCCCAACUACAUGCACCACUCAAAAAUCCUCAAUUACUUUAAGAUGUAUGCAGAACAUUUUAAACUGCUGAAACACAUCCGCUUCCAGACCUUGGUGAAGAAUGUCAACCAAAGACCAGACUUUUCUCGCACUGGUCAGUGGGAAGUGGUGACAGAAAACAAAGAUGGGCAGGAGGAGAGGCAUGUCUUUGAUGCAGUUAUCUGCUGUUCGGGUCACUACAACUACCCUAACUUGCCUUUGAAAGAGUUCCCAGGAAUUGAGACAUUUGAAGGAAAAUACUUCCACAGCUGGGACUACAAGGGGCCUGAAGACCUUAUCGGGAAAAAAGUGGUGGUCAUCGGCAUCGGUAACUCAGGAAGUGACAUCGCUGUGGAGAGCAGCAGAGUGGCAGAGCAGGUGUAUCUGAGCACUCGUAGUGGAGCCUGGGUCAUGCGUCAGGUUUCUGACAACGGCCUGCCAGUGGACAUAAAGUACCUCACACGCUUUGUCCACAUCCUCACCCAGGUGCUGCCUAUCAGAAUCCUCAACUGGCUGUGUGAGUCAAAACUCAACGCCAUGUAUGACCACACCAUGUAUGCCCUCAAACCCAAACACAGAUUCUUCAGUCAGAUCCCGGUGAUCAACGAUGAUCUGCCUCUAAGGAUUCUGUCUGGGUCUGUCAUCAUCAAACCAAAUAUGAAGGAGAUCUGUGGCUCGUCCGUGGUGUUUGAGGAUGGCAGCACUGUGGAAAAUGUGGAUACGAUCGUGUUUGCAACAGGUUACAACUAUGAUUUUCCAUACUUGCCAAGUAGUUCUAAGUACAUGUCUGGGCAUCGUCUGGGAAUGUACAAGCACGUUUUUCCUCCAAACCUGGAGCAUCCCACUCUGGCUGUGGUGGGUUUCAUCCAUGCCUUUGCAGCGAUCAUGACACAGGCUGAAAUGCAGGGCCGCUGGGUCUCACGAGUCUUCAAAGGACUUGCCAAGCUGCCCUCAAACCAGGCCAUGAUAAAGUCUGUGGACAAGGACACCAAGGACAUCGAGAAAACCUACAUUGUGUCAAGGUUGGCACCCCUGCACGUGGACUUUGUUACCUACAUGGAUGACUUAGCAGGAGAGAUUGGGGUGCGGCCCAGUCUGCUCUGGCUCUUCUUCACAGACUACCAAAUGUUCAAGAUGCUUCUGUGGGGACCUGUCACCAGCUACCAGUACCGCUUGAUGGGACCAGGGAAAUGGGACGGAGCCCGCAGAGCAAUCUCAACCACGUUGAACCGCGUGUACCAGCCCCUGAAAACCAGACAGCUGGAGACAAAAGAAGCCUCUGUUGCUGGCAGCCUGUUGAAGCUGAGCCUGACCCUCAUGGCUGGAGGAGCGGCCGUCUACUACAUCCAUGUGCGCAACCCGACCACCAUCCCCACUCUGCUGGCCAACCUGCGGCCACAAACAGCCUAACAUGUUGAAUCAAACAUGGUCAUAUAUGCAGACCAAAUACUUUACUUGUUUCCUUAAGUAAUAUAGUUAAAUGAACUCCUGAUUGGGUUGUGAUUAUGGGAAUACCACUGUUUAAGCUGCUUUUAAAGCUAAAGCUAUUACUGCUGCUAUAUGUUUAGUUUAUUCAAAUGCCAUAUCCUUUUUUCUUAAGAAAGUCCACUGUAUAUGCACAUUUUCAAUCCAAAAAGUAUGGUAAAGUGACAAAAUCCUGGUUUUCAAUUGUAGAUCCACACAAUCGUUCACUGCUAAUGAUUACUGUCAGAAAUGUCCUACAGCAAACUCUUAGUGUAUUGAAAAAGUAAUACUGAGUUAAAGUGUAAAAGAAUGGAAUUCAAAGUUGGUAGUGGAUGUAAAAGUAUUUUCUUGUUUGCGUAUAAACACAAGCAGGUCUGUUAACAUUUGCUGGCUUGUAAAAUGUCAACCAUAACUACAUUAACCAGAUAUAUGCAUAGCCGUGGGAACAUGUUUCAAUUGGGGGGUGCUGUGGGGAUGACACCAGGGCUGUACACCUGAAUAUAUACACUAUAUUUAAAGUAAUUCAGCCACUUCAGGGGACCAUGGGACUCACAUCAGUUAGCAUCAGAAGUAAAAAGGCAAAAGCAUUUAAAACUACCAUUUAUCAAAGUAUUUUACUUAGAAAAGCUGCAGUGUGACCAUGAGUGUGACCCACAUACUUUAAGAGUCGUGUUUACAUAGUCAAUGUUACCCAACACAAAGGUUCCUGUUGAGCUACACCUCCCUUUUUGGUCCCAUCUGCCAAAUAUUGAAAAAUAACCCAAUAACCUACAUAGAUUUAUUGUUUUAUUCCGGGAUGGUGAAACUUUAGAAGCUCCAAUACUGGACGAAUACGUAGAUUAUAUUUCCCACUCAUGGAUUUAGGCAUCCAUAGCCGUGGGAACAUGUUUCAAAUGGGGGGUACUGUGGGGAUGACACCAGGGCUGGUUCUGACCAAUUUGCUAACCUAGGCAAGAUUUUAGCUGGCAAUGAAAAACCUCUACAAAAGACCAAUACACUACAAAAAGAUAAACGUAUUGACAUGGUGGACAUAUAUGUGUGUCAUAAGCUUUUAAAUCACAGAGAAUGUAAGGGAAUGUUAAACAAAUAUAAAGACAUCUCACUCUUUGAGUAGACCCAUUAAUAAAGACUAAUCAAGAGAAAG